GCAGGUCGCCUUUGACCCCGUCCUGGGCUGUACUCGACACGAUGCAAGUCUCAGGCCAUGGGUAACUCAUAUACGUGCUCGAUGGGCUCGUUUCCAACAUGUCCUUCGCACCAUCAAUCACAGUCAUGGAGGUUUGCUCAACUUCACAGAGCUCAGCCAACGCGGUCUAUGGAUCGAUCCUGCCACCGGUCAGGUGACUUACACCGAGUAUGCUCCUGGUGCACAAGCUGUUUCCUUGGUCGGCAAUUUCAACGGGUUCGACCCUUUGAACUGUCCCAUGCGAUCCCUCGACGAUUCGAUCAACGGUCUGUGGAGAUGCACGGUGGCCCCGUUGCCAGAUGGAAGGUGUACGAUCAGCCAAGGAGCUGAAGUCCGAGUAAUCAUCACUCCAUUCUCGGGAUCAGGCAAGCUGCAAUAUCUCGAACGGAUACCAGCCCAAAUUUAUCAUGCCACUCAAACCACUGGUGAGGUGCACUAUCGAGGUCGCAUGAGCUCUCCUCCGAGACCCUUUCCGGAAUUAGGUCUGGAGAAUGAGUUCCCUACGGCAGGACGCCAACGACCUGCACGACCGCCAAAACCAAGAGCAGAACGCAUUUACGAAGCUCACAUUGGUAUUUCAUCCGGUGUUGCGGGUCAGCUGGGGACUUUUGACAGCUUUCGACAGUCUGUUUUGCCCCGAAUCAUCAAAGCGGGUUAUACCACCGUCCAGUUGAUGGGGGUUGCCGAACAUCCUUAUUACCCCAGUUUCGGUUAUCAAGUGACGAACUUCUUCGCUGUUAGCUCUCGCUUUGGCUCGGUCACAGACCUCAUCGCACUCAUCGAUGACGCUCAUUCGAAAGGUAUCAGAGUGGUCAUGGAUAUCGUACACGCGCAUGCCUCGACCAAUGAAGGGGAGGGGUUGAAUCGGUUUGAUGGCACGGAGAACGCGGGCUAUUUCAAAGGUCAUCUGCAUCCAGAAUGGACAACACGUUUGUUUGACUAUGAACAGAUGGAAACUUUGAGAUUUCUCCUAUGUAAUUUACGUUAUUGGAUCACACGAGUCGGCUUUGACGGAUUUCGAUUUGACGCUGUAACAGCUAUGAUCUACCGAGACCAUGGACUGAACAGGAGCUUCACCGGACGAUACGACGAAUACUUCGGAUCUCAUAUUGAUGAUCAUGCCAUCACGUAUCUUAUGCUGGCAAAUCAUCUGCUUGAUCUCUUAGCUCCCGGGCAGCUCACCACGAUCGCCGAAGAUGUCUCGGGGUAUCCUUCCUUGUGCAUCCCCGUAUCUGAGGGUGGCAUUGGUUUCACCUAUCGUCUAGCUCUUGGCAUACCGGAUUGCUGGUUUGAUCUCUUACGACGAGAGAGUGACAUGGACGCACAAUCACUCGGAUUCAUCGCAAAGAUUCUUGGUUCUCUGAUGCUUCGGAGGGCGAAUCUUGGGGAGCCUAGCAUUGCUUUUGUGGAAAGUCACGAUCAGUGUAUCGUGGGGGGUUCAACAGCUGCACAGUGGCUUUUCGCAGGUGACAUCUACUCGUGCAUGUCUAGAUUUCAGGAAGCGACUCCGAGAGUCGAGAUGGCGAUGGCAUGGCAUAAGCUCAUGCGUAUGCUGACGCACACGCUUGGGGGAGAGGGCUACAUGAACUUCAUGGGCAACGAGUUUGGUCAUCCAGAGGCAAGUUGGAUUGAUCUACCGAGUGACAACAAUCAUUACUCCCAAGAUCGUGCGUACCGCAAAUGGAACCUUGUGGACGACACCACACUUCGCUUCGAACAGCUACACGGGUUUGACCAAGCUCUAAACGAUAGAGAAGAGCAGUAUCAUUGGUUGUCCGCGCUACCUGGCGAUGUCUUGCUUCAUGAGGAGGCCAAGAGACACCUCGUCUACGUCAGAGCAGACCUGCUCUUCAUAUACAACCUUGACGGCGAGAAAUCAUGGACUGGACCAGUACCCGCUCCGAAGGCGGGUCGGUGGGCUAACGCUUUGGACACGGACGAGGGAUGGUACGGCGGCAAAGGACAAACGUCGAGGGAGGUGUUGGCCAUAGUCACAACUAGGACAGGGGCAAAAGCUACGAUCAACAACUGUUUCAUUCCGCCGAGGACGGGUGCUAUCUUUCGCCAUGUUUCAUGAUCCUCUAUAAAUAACAUGAUGUUCAUACGAAAUCUGUGUAUUAUGUCCUGCAAUUGUUGUCAUGCAAAAAGUCGCCGUG